GAGAGAGAGAGAGGGAGCAUCAGUCGCAGUCGGGUCGUGUCUCAAACUUUCGUUUCUACAGUAAAUCUGCGGUGAGCUGGUCUGAGAUCAGUCUGAGGAGUUUCUGUCAGAUCUGGACGUAGAGUAGAAACUUUUUUUAUUUUUUAUUUUCGUGACUUCUCUUUUUUUUCACUUUCGGAGGAUUUUCACCGACAAUCUGCCGUUUGUUUGUUUGUUUGUUGAAGCAGGUGAAGAAGAGUCUACAGACAGCAUCCAGAUCAGAAUCCCGGAGAAACUCAUCCAAACUGAACUCUCUCUCUCAGUAGCCAUGGCUACCAACUUCACCCCUCGGGGUUGCGGCCCUAACGUGGACUCGCUCUAUUACAAUCUGUGUGACAUGAAUGCCGUGUGGGGCAUUGUGCUGGAGGCCUUCGCAGCAGCUGGAAUCGUCUUCUCCAUUGUGCUUUUCAUCUCACUGCUGGCCAGCUUGCCCUUCAUGCGGAGCAAGAACCGCAAGAGUGCCGUGGCGGUCAACACCUUCUUCCUGAUCUUCACAGCCGGCCUCUUUUGCCUGACCUUUGCCUUCAUCGUUGGAAAGGACUUCUCCACUUGUGCUUCGCGGAGGUUCCUCUUCGGGGUGUUCUUUGGUGGCUGCUUCGCUUGCCUUCUGAUGCAGUGCGUGAGGCUGAACAUCCUUGCCAGGCAGAACAGCAGUCCCCAGGCUUGGGUCAUAUGUCUGGGGGCACUUGGACUAUGGCUGGUGGAGGUGGUCAUCAACACAGAGUGGCUGAUCAUCACAGUGGCACGCUACCCACUCGGGCCACUUAGUAACACAACUGCAACUGGCAGAGCCACGGCUGUACCCUGCAACAUCGCCAAUAAGGACUUCGUCAUGGCGCUGAUCUAUGUGAUGACCUUGAUCCUGGCCGUGUUUGUGGCAAGUCUGGCUAUCAUGGCGGGCAAAUACAACGAGUGGAAGAAGGACGGCGCCUGUGUCCUCGUAACCAGCUUUCUCUCUGUGUGUAUUUGGGUGGCGUGGAUCGUCAUGUACGUCUACGGGAAUCCGAGGACCGGAGGUCCCACGUGGGAUGACCCCACCCUGGCCAUUGCCUUGGUGGCGAAUGCGUGGGCAUUCGUCAUCCUCUACAUCAUUCCCCAAACCUGCUGUUUGACCGGUGACGAAGAAAGCCAGGAAGUCUUCGGGGAAGAACUGUACCCGAACCGAGGAGUCGGCUACGAGACGAUCCUGAAGGAGCACACCACCCAGAACAUGUUCAUGGAAAAUAAGGCUUUCUCUAUGGACGAGGCAAACCAAGCAUCCAAACCGGUGUCUCCGUACAGCGGCUACACCGGGCAGCUGCGUAGUUCAGUCUACCAGCCCACCGAGCUGGCUCUCAUCACCAAAGCUGUGGGAAACCCCCAUCUGGACGCCUGUGACAUGGUCAUUCCCAGAGCGUCCGCCAACUCUGCAGCCAGCAGCGAGAGCAGCACCCCGUCGACACACCCGCGGAUCGGGAACACUCCUUACACACAGACAAACGGAAAUAGCGGGAACGGUCUGCACAGGACGUCCCAGUGGUGAACACAACCCUCAGUCACUAUAACUUCAGUUCAUGUCUUUUCAUUUGCACUUGCUGACUGUUUGCUGUUGUCUGCGGUUCCUGAAGCUGGUUCUAAGAGGAACCUUCAGCUGUGACAGCUGAUGGAAAACAGCUAAACCUUCUUUUGAUUGAUUCCCCACGUGCCGCCGGGUUUCAGACAGCAUAGAGCUUCAUUUGGAAGUCAAAGCGAGGGGAUGAAGCCGCGGCUUUGCUGCAGAACAAAGACUUUUUGGGUUGCCAUUCACUGAGCGUGGACUGUGGACCCAAACGAUGAAGAGCGACGCUGCUGACACGGAAAAACUAAACGAAACAAAACAUCUUUGGCCUAGUAUGGAACCCAUCCCCACACAAACCAUAAACAAACCUUAAUGGAACAUGACUCAGUUUGGUAUGAAGGCGAGUUUAAUUAUAGUAAUUAUAGACAAUAUAUAUUUUUGUGCCUGGAUUGUGAAUAUUGUUAAUAACCACGAGCUACUGGUGAUGAAUUCAUGUAAAUAUGUUGUUAAUGUGUCAACCAAUCUGCACUGCAUGGAAGUAUGACUGUGUAUAUUUAAUACUAUUAGCACUCCUGUGUGCUAUUUAAUUAUUUUAUCUAAUUACGCAUCAAACAAUCAUGAAUCAUUAUCAUAGAGGCGACACACGCCUGUGAUUAUCUCCUUUCACUGCUUCAUGGAUUUCUGCUGAAAGGUUUCUUUCAUCGUUCUUUCUGAAACAAAAACAGGACGCGAGGCGACUUCUCUCUGAAUAACAGCAAAGCCUCAUGGGAGUUGUAGUUGUUGAAUGUUAACAAAAUAAUCAAAUGCUGUGUUUAUAAUGUGUUGUCUGAAUGUAUAGUGACAUUGAUCUAUGGCUCUCAAAUGAUCCUGCACUGCAUCAUAAAUAAUAAAUCUAUAGGAACCUGAAUGUGGCUGCAUCUAACUGUAGAUUGAUCUGAUUCAUCAGGUCUGUAAACUCUCAGAGUUUUCAAAGCUCGCUUGUUCUGUCAGUCCAAAUCUUCCAUCCAUGAAGGCACAGGAGGAAACUCUGUUCAGUCAGUCACAUGACACAUAGAGACAGACACAUUCACACCUAUGGGCAGUUUAAGAUAACCUGCAUGUCUUUGGACUGUGGGAGGAAACUCAGAACCUUCUUGCCGUGAGGCGACAGUGCCGACACCGCAGUCCAAACCAAAGAUAAGAAUGUUUGGCAGUAUUUCUUGAUUAACCUUCAACUCUAAAUCUGAGUAACAUCUGAACACGUGAACAAUCUUUAUAACCUUUGACAAAACGUUUCAACUUUUCGAAAGACAAAUGAACGAAACCCUUCAAGAGAAGAUAUGUUGUCUGUCUCUCACACAGACUUCAGCUGUUCAUCAUUAUUUUAAUGUAUUGACAUGUGGAUUUCUCAGAUCACAGUGGAAUGUGUGAUUUGUCUUAACAGCAAAUAAAUAUUCACUUGCGACGUGA